AUGGACAAAGAAGCGGUGCUGACUCAUAUCCUGAAGUCUAGGAGUGCACCCACAUUCUUAGGCGGAGAGCUGCCUUCCAGUGUAAUUAGCAGUGAUAAGUACAUACCUGCACUAACCGCUGAGGCUCAGAAUGACAACUUCCCCUCCCUCGAUCAUGCCAUCCACAGUGCUCUGUCUGGUCAGAGGAGAAGGGUUGCACUCAUUGGUCCCGAAGGAUCCGGUAAAAGCACCGCUCUGCAGAAGCUCACCAUUGACUGGGCUAAAGGAGAGCGCCUGCAAAACUUCUCACAUGUCUUCCACUUCAGCUUCAGUGAGAUAAAUUCUCUCGAACGUGCUCUCUCUUUGGAGACUCUAAUCCAGCACAAUCGUCAUCAAGUCUCUCCUGAGGCCAUUCCUCUGGUCAUAGAGAAGCCUGAGGAUGUGUUGUUUGUAUUUGAUGGUCUGGAUCGGUACCAGCACAGCCUGGACCCCUCCACCCACAGCCUCGUCUCUGACUGCAGUCAGACGGCCUCAGCGUCCUGCUUAGUGGCCAGUCUGCUCCAUGGAUCCCUGCUGGGGGAAGCUGCCUUAGUGGUGGCCACCAGGCCAACAGGAAACCUGGAGUUUUUCUGUGGCACAAAAGUAAACGUGUUGGGGUUUCUGAAGCCCCAGCGAGAGGCCUACUUUAACAACUUCUUCACUGAGCCCACAGCUGCCAAGACAGCUCUACUUCAUAUGGAAAGGACUCUAGGCUUCUACGAUUUCUGCACUUCUCCGAGAUUUUGUUGGACAGUUUGUUCGAUUUACAAAUACCUUCUGGAUUCUGGUGCAAAACUUCCUGAGGCCGUAUCUCAGCUGCAUGUAGAUCUUCUGGUCUACUUGAUUCAGACGCUCUCGCUGAGUGGAGCUCAGAGCAGAGCACUGGUGUUGGUCCUCGGCAGGAUGGCCUCUCACUGCUUAAUUAGCCAACACUCAGUUUGCACCAAAGAGCACGUUGACUUCUACACUUCACAACAACCUAUAAUGUCAGUGAAUGUUCUUUUGCGAGUGUUUGGUGAGCUGGAGCCUGGCACAGGUAACUUCUCCUUUCACUCCCAGCUGAUGCUAGAGUUCCUUUUGGCUGUGGCUUUCUUUUUGGACCGGUCAACACACGACGGUGCGGAGAGGAUGCUAAAAAAGCAUGAAGGCCAGGCAAAGUUCCUGGAUCUAUUCCUGUCUGGGCUCUCAGAGCCCGUCCAGCGUAGACCAUUGGAGGCCCUGCUGGGGGCAUUUGAACCUGAUCAGAUCAAGGACUACAAAUGUUGGUUCAAAAGCAGCUCAAAGGAAACGCUGAAAGCCUUCCGUAGAGACAAGCUCUACAGGUGCUUCCAUCUGCUGCACCAAGCCCAAAAUGAGAGUUUGGUAAAAGAGCUUUUGCCUCUCUUAGCAAGACUCAUGAAUUAUCAUAGUGACCUGAGCCUCCAGGAUUGUGUGGCUUUGAAUUAUGUUGUCACGUGCCUCGGUGAGUUGGAGAGGUUUGAGCUGAACCACACAAACUUCACAGAAGAGAAGGCUGAAGUCCUGGCCCCGACUUUGAGCCUGGCACAACAGAUAACUUUUAAACAGACCCCCUUUAGUGCAGGAGCACUCCCUCGUCUGGCUUCUGCUCUCAGCAGGGGACUCGUCAGGGAGCUCCAUCUCUCCAACUCCAACCUCUGUGAGGAACAUUUGAAAGUUCUCUGCUCUGGGCUCAAAGACAGCAAGCUGCAGAAAUUAAACCUGAGAGCAUGCGAGCUGACGGGGGCGUGCUGUGAAGAUCUGGUCACUGUGCUGACCUCAGAAACGUCCCAGCUGCACGAGCUAGAAGUCGGCUUUGAUGACAUUGGAGAUAUUGGGUUUGCAAAGCUGUGCGAGGCCAUGCACCAUCCUCAUUGCAGACUACAGGACCUCUUCAUGAAAAGGUGCAACUUGACUGCAGCAUCCAUGGGGGCUUUCGCAGAAGCAUUGUGCUCUGGUCAAUCACAUCUGAGAAAACUGGACCUGGAAUCUAAUAAUAUUGGUGACAGUGGAAUGGAGGCGUUGUGCAAAGCCUUACAACACCCACUUUGCAAAAUGCAGAGUCUAAGGUUGUUUGAUUGUGACCUGACAGCUGUGUGCUGUCCCCAUUUGAGAGACGCCUUGAUGUCAGAUUACUGCUCUCUGUUUGAGCUGGAUCUGUCGCUGAACGAGCUGGGCCAGGAGGGGGGACUACAGGUCUGCCAAGGCCUGACUCGACCUGAUUGUGCCUUAGAGAAGCUCAACUUGACGCGAUGUGAGCUAACUCUGGCAGUCUUCAAGGAACUGGGCUCACUGCUGAGAAAUGGGACUUGCCAGCUCAAAUCCCUGUCUGUGGGUCUUAAUAAAGUAGGAGACCAGGGGGUUAAAUAUCUUUGGGAGGCUGUGGCACACCCAAGCUGCAUUUUAGAGGAACUAGAUGUUGAAAUGACAAAGCUGACGGAUGCCAGUGUGAAAGACGUCUGCGCGGCUAUAAGAGCCAGCAAGACUCUGACAAGGCUGGAGAUGAGAAACAACUCACUGACUGAUGCCUCCGUCCCAGCUAUCUGCCAGGUCAUGAAGGACAGCCCCAAUAUGCAGGAGUUGGUUCUGAGAUACAAUGACUUCAGUGAGGAAGUUUUCGACAUGCUGGAGGAGUCGAAGAUAACGUACUAAAGAGAGAGCCGAAGUCCAUCCAUCGUACAGACCGUAAGACUGGACAUCACUGCAAACACAAAGAUA